UAGAAGGAAGAGUGGUAACAAAUAUUCGGAGCUACGCGAACGAGUCACACUACUGAUUGCAAGUACGAGUACGAGUUGGACGAGAGAAAUUCAGACUGGUAGAAAGAGGUCAAAGUUCAAACGUGCUCUUGAGUGACUUCAACUUACGAAAAAGUGAGAAUUAGCAGUCAAAAUGCGGCAUUUGAGAGGAUAUAAAGAGUUGAUUUCUUUACUUAGCAGACGUUUGUCCACAAGUGAACAACCACUGACCACUGCAGCUGUCACUCACAAACAGAAUGAAUUGUUUGACCAGGAGAAGCGUCGUCAGCUUGACAUGGUCAAGAGAAUCGAGAAGAUCACUGUCCAUCAUGUUGGUCAGUCUAAUGAUUGCAAAUUGGCCAUGAACAAGGAUCUCUCCACACCAUACCAUGUAGCGAUGCAUUUCAACGAGACCUACAUGAAGCGAUCUGCAAUAGCCCUGGUGAAUGGACAACCUUGGCACAUGCUCCAACCACUGACAGAGGACUGUGAAUUAAGACUAAUCACUAUGAAGGACGAUGAACCCACAGAAGCUAAUAAGGCUUUCUGGCGAUCAUGUUCUUUAAUGGCUGGUGCUAUCUUACAGAGUGCAUUCAAAACAGAUGUCUAUAUCCAACCUGUGAGGGCAGCAGAUAUUCCCGUUUCUCAGGGGUGCUUUGCCUAUGAUGUUAAUCUACCUUUCCAAUGGGAACCAUCCCAAGAAGAGCUCACCAGUCUGAGUAGGUUAUCCUAUGAGUUAGCAGAGAAGAAACUUCCCUUUGAAAGGAUAGAGGUCAGACCAAGUGUCGCCAUGGAGAUCUUCAAAGAUAACGAGUACAAGGUUGCCGAGCUGAACUCAAUGGACACAGAUCGUUUAGUCCUCUUUAGAUUAGGCCAGUUCAUUGACACUAGUCCAGGACCUCUCGUUGCCAACUCAGGCUUCAUGGUUCCACACAGAUAUUCCUUCACAUGUGUUCAUCAAAUAGAUGAUCAUCUCAAGUCAGGGAACCAAUUAACCAGAUUCCAGGGUGUAGCUCUUCCCGGUGAUUUCCCUUGCCACUACCAUACCUGGAAUUUAAUACAAGAUCGCGCUAAGACACCAGUCACUACUGGCGCACCACCUUCAGUAGACUCAUGACACUGAGAGCCUAUCAGACAUGGAGUAGAGUGAAAGCAGGGAUAGAGUCAACCAUGACCUUUGACCCUCUAGAAGCAACCAGUCAACAGCUUCAAAGGCCACUCCACCCUUUCAUUUUGAACGCUGAAAGCCGGAAGUGCGUUGACCCAUAAACGUGUACUUUUACACAUAUUCAAUGCCCUUCUGGACCCUGUUUCAUAAAACUUGUUACAAUUACAAAUGCUAAAUUUCUAUGACAAAUUUGCUCUCAGCCAAUCAAAUGCCAUGAUUUCAGUAGGUUAUAACAGUUAUUGGAACUUGUUGUUGAUAACAUGUUUUAUGAAACAGGGCUCUCAACUGAGUUUCUCCAUCCUGACAGAUGUUCUAGAAGAUUACAUCUAACAAACAUUUGUCAAAACAUAAAUUAUGUUCUUCGUUAACACUCUGUCAGUCAUGGAUUUGCUGCAUGGACAUACAUGAAGAUGACAAAUUCCCAAUUAUCCUGUUGCGAUGGUCUGGCCAGUUAUUGGAUGUAUUUGGAUAUACAUGUAUGUGUAUAGAAGCUUGGACAAAAUUGAUGGGACUAGUUUGAGAGGAACAGGUUUAAAGUAAUUAUGAAAUUGUUGUUAUGCAGUUGAUCAUUUGUGCAAAGUUUUUUUUUUUAAAGUUAUGGAUCACAUUCAUUGAAAGCAUGUGGUCUUCUGCCCGCCAUGCAGUCUCAGUGACAUGUUAAUUUUUUUUUGGUGACAUUUAUUGACAUGUUCUUCAAGACUGUAAAUAAUGUAAAUGCAACGUGAUAUAUAUAAUGUAAAAUGAGAUAAAUGGGAUCGAGAGUCAAAGUAUUUCUACAUCAUUUGCCCCUAAGGACAUAACUUUAAAUAUCAAUAGACUUUGCAUCUCUCUUUCACAAAAUGUCAAGAUAUUGUUUACAGUUUUUGUUCCACUCACCCGAUGCUCCUAUUGAAUCUCUAUUACAAUGUCUCAUCAUAGUGCCCCUCAACUCUAUGUAAGAGAUCCUUUAUUACAUUAUUCACCAUACUCCAUGUUCUAGCCUAUGUGAAGAGCUACUGUUGCUAAAAAAAUUGGCAAUAAGUUUCUGUUUUUCUUUCCUGAUCAUGUUAAUCACAUGUCCAUGUUUUUAUUCAAGUGAGUUGCUUAAUUAGAAUUACAACAAUAAAGAUAUUAUAUGAGAUGUAA